GCUAGUUCUAUUAUAAAUGAAUUUAGAACCACCCUUUUGAAGUCAGUUAAAAAACACUUCAUCAAAGUCAGGGUAUAUAUAUUUCACUCUGUGAACGUCUCAGGUCGUUCAUUUUAUUCUGUGCACACCGGUCAACUCGUUUUUAUCAAAAUCUUGAAUCAGAUUACGGUGGGUCGACGGACCCAUCGGCACUCUCACCGCGCAUGCCGGAGAACUGCAGUGUACGAAUUUACGGGACCAGUCUGAUCAAGUUUUACUGAUAAAAAAGGUACAAAGUGACUUUGGGUGCAUACAUUAGUACUUAUAAUACAGUAAGAAGUCAACCACCCCACAAAAACAAAAAUGCAGUGAUUAACUAACCUUAGACAUUUACAAGAUUUUAAACAGUUAUAUAUGUGUAUACAAAACAUACAAAAACGUAGAUCCAAAAUUUUGUCCCAUGUGGGGUCUAAAACGGUAUGAUGACUUCUAUUCCUUCUAUAAAAGGAAUCCGAUUCGUUCAUUUGUUCAUCUUAAAUAAUCUACGAAUACAUGCAUGCAAUUGUUCAUCUACACGGUAGCUUUCAGAGAGCAGAAAAACCCGCACGACAGGCUUAGACAAAUUUUUUUAUUUAAAUAAUAGGUCUGGUAAAGCAGUAAGGAAUUUGGUCCUUGUACCGCUAGGGGUUUUACUAACAUUCAAGUCACAUGACAAAUACACCGAGACUCAGGAUUGGUGACCACAACCACCCGGCUAUCCGAGCAGAAAGAAUUCGCUUUGCGAAAUUGACGUCAAAAAGCCAUAUAAACAAAUAAGUAGAAGGUAGGGAAGGGAGACCUUUUCUCUAAAGUGAGACAGUAAUGGCUCGUAAAAAAUAAGUAUUAAACCAGCUUGACAGUUGCAUAUCGCUCGACUGCAUACUGCAUGCGGGCCUUACGUAACUCAACUUAUUUCAUUACAAAAAUCAUUUCAUCUGACCUGUUUCAUUUAGGCUUACUGACGCACACAAAGUUUCCUUUGCAAUCAUUCAGGUGCUUAUAAGUAAAUAAUUUCACAAUUCAUCAAACUGAUUGAUAAAAUUAAAAUCUCCUGUAAUGCAGACUGAAAACAUGGAAUGAUCUCUCGAUCUCUUAAGUGCGCUCUUAUCUUCCAACCAAUAAAUAACCAGAGACAAAAAUGAAAACUCAAAUUAUUUAUUUCUUAAGGGAAUUUGUUAGAAUAUGCUUAAAAUUAAAGAUACACCACAUUUUGGAACUAUUAAACAGGUUAUUUACAUCUUUCUGUUGUAAAGCUAUAAAGCCAACUUGCCAGUAUACUUUCAAACCUUCCAAUUUUGAUAUCAUAAAAAAUAUUUCCACCCAGUAUUGCAGGGAUUGUAUAACAUUAUUGACAACAGUUAAGGCUUUUGCAACUCAACAUACAUAAUUUUGGCCCAAUAACCUUGCUCUGUAUUAUAUUUUGGUAAACGAGAUUUUUUUCCAAAACUUACGUUCAGUCGGAAUAACGCCGUGACGAGUAUAAGUAGUACUCUGGCUCAACCCAAUUCAAGUUCAAAGUUCUAAUACAAAUUUAAUUCAGGAAAUAAAAAAAAUAUUAUAAACAGUUAAACCGGUUGAUGCAAACAUCUAAAUCGCAAGCAGAGCUCAGAACAAAGUUGAUCACGGCCAAGAACAGGCUCGUUCUAUGAACCAUGUGGAACAUUAAUUUAUUUAUAUUUAUUUUUUUAAUUGUUAAGAUUUCGGCUUCAGAGUACGAUGAAGCGACUGUGACUGUUGAUGAGGAGGAUUACGCGAGAUCCUGGGAAUGCCGGGGCUACUGCGGCGAGAACGUGUUUCGAUCUGGAAGACUGAACGAUUCUCCUAUGAAGAGCAGGGUUCUAGAUGCAAUGAUGAGCUCAAAGAUUCUGCCUCUGACUAAAGAUAAACCGGAUCUGUUCUCGAGUUUCACUGACCAGUAUGAUCUACCCAAGGGUUUCAAGGGACCCCUGGCGGAAUACGACUUCAUCAUCGUCGGAGCCGGUUCAGCGGGCAGCGUGCUGGCUUCCCGCCUAAGCGCCGGCGGCAGAGCAUCAGUGCUGCUGUUGGAGGCCGGCCAGGGAGAGUCCAUCCUCACCGACGUGCCUAUACUGGCGCCGCUGCUGCAGCAGACUGGAUACGUGUGGCCCUACGUCAUGGAAUAUGAACCUAAUGUCUGCACUGGGAUGGUGGAUGGGAAAUGUUUCUGGCCGCGAGGGAAGGCGGUGGGCGGGACUAGUGUAGUCAACUACAUGAUCUACACCAGAGGCUUGGAGGAGGAUUGGAACAGAAUCGCCGCCGCGGGGAACUAUGGAUGGUCGUACAACGAAGUGACGCAGUACUACAUUAAACACGAACGGGCCAACCUGAAAGGUCUGAAGAACUCGCCGUGGCACGGACGCGACGGAGAACUGUCCGUCGAGGAUAUACCAUUUAGAUCAAAGCUUUCAAAAGCUUUCCUGGAUGCAGCUAAAUUAUACGGUCACCGCCGAGUAGAUUAUAAUACCCCAGACGCAUUUGGAUUCAGCUAUAUCCAGGCAACUUUACAGCGCGGGCAGCGUGCCAGCAGUGCCAAAGCGUUUCUUCACAAUAAUAAGAAAAGGAAAAAUCUACACAUUCUUACUACGACUAGAGCCACUAAAGUUAUUAUCGAUCCUUCAAAUAAGAUGGCUGUCGGAGUAGAGUUCCACAAAAAUGGACGAGUGUACCAGAUCAGGGCUAAUAAAGAGGUUAUACUAUCAGCUGGUCCUAUAGAAUCACCACAUUUACUCAUGUUAUCGGGUGUAGGACCCAAAAAGCAAUUACAAUCUUUUGGUAUUCCUGUGAUACAAGACCUAAAAGUAGGCGAAACUCUAUAUGAUCACAUUUCGUUCCCUGGUUUAGUUUUCACUUUAAACCAAACAAAGUUAACCUUAGUCGAAAGGAAAAUAUCUACGAUUCAAAAUAUAUUGCAAUAUCAACAGUACGGUGACGGGCCCAUGUCUUCCUUAGCCGGAGUGGAAACUAUCGGAUACAUUAAGACUAACGUAUCUGACGAAAUAGGGGACUACCCAGACAUAGAACUGCUGGGCUCUUGUGCAUCACUAGCAUCUGACGAAGGAGACAUCGUAGCAAAAGGAAUCCGCCUCGCCGAUUGGCUUUAUAACGAUGUUUACAAACCAGUCGAAGGGGUCGAAUCUUUUACAGUACUAUUCAUGCUUCUACAUCCAAAAUCGAAAGGUUAUUUAAAACUACAAUCUAUUGACCCCUACAAACAACCAAGUCUGUUCGGCAAUUACUUGACUCACAAGAAAGAUGUGGAUACAAUGGUGGCAGCGAUACGAUACAUCAUCAAACUCGUGGACACACCACCGUUCAGAAAGUAUGGAGCUAAACUGUAUCGGAAAAAGUUCCCCAACUGUUUGGAACACGAGUUCGACAGCGAUGGCUACUGGGAAUGUGCUGUGAGGUCCAUAACUGCCACCCUUCAUCACCAGAUUGCUACGUGUAAGAUGGGGCCUCGGUCUGAUCCCGAGGCAGUGGUGGACCCUGAGCUUAGAGUACAUGGCAUUAGUAAUUUGCGAGUGGUCGACAGUAGUAUAAUCCCGAGGACGAUAGUCGCGCACACUAACGCGCCAGCCAUCAUGAUUGGGGAAAAAGCUGCAGAUAUGAUCAAAAGAAGUUGGAAUUUAUAUUGAACGCACACUUUGACUUUCAGAAUGUAAAUUGUUUUAUCAACGAUGCCAAAUGAUAUCUUGAUUAAGUACUUGACUGGUCGUUAGGAUAAUGUUAAUUUAAUUGACUAUUAUUAAGUUUAUAUUUAAGUAUUUAAUACGUAAUUGCUUCCGUAAUUUUGUUUCAUUGAAUUCCGCCCCAAAUCUUAUCUAUUUGAUAACAACCAUGAACUGUUAAACGCAAAGAAAUCCAUAUUGCCGCCUGAAGAAUGUACACAAUACCUACAUGUUAUUUCAUAAUCAUAAAGUACGCGCUGAUAACUAGAUUAUUUUGUACGAUAACUAGGAUGAUAUUAUGUUCAAUAGUCAGAUAAUGUAUUAUUAUAACUUGUCACUAUAUAAUCGCAGCUAAUCUGUGGUACUGAUAUGGAUCACCUGGUUAUAAGUGUAAGUAUACAAUGAGAAUAAAUUAAAGUAAUAAGAAGUGGUGUUGAACAGUCGCUCAAAAAUGAAGAAAGAUAGAAGACAGGGUAUGUUUAUUGUAAAAGAACCCUUUAUGUAUAAUGCCUUUUGCAAUUUUCGGAAAAUUUGUCGUGCCCGACACAUUUAGUAUUUGGAAGUACAGACUUGUUCAAACGGCGA